AUGCCAAAUCUUCGUUUUGAUUACAGUGGACAACCCUAUGAUGUGCCAAAUACAGUAAAGCUCCUGAGUGAAUUAGAACGAUCCUGGGCCAUGUUUGCUGCAUCCUGGAAAGUCGUGGAUUUGUUUGCAGGGAUGCAAAUAUGGCAAGAACAAGCUCAAGAUACGAAUCUUACCAGUAUUUCCAGCCAUGAACCAUUGAAUAAUAUCCUCCUGUCCACGACAUCUGCUGGUUUUGUGACAUUUCUAGCCGGACAGAUUGGAGGAGCGGGGUUUGGCAUUUCCGUGAUACUAACGGGAUUUGUCAUUGUAGCAGCAUUCUGGACACUCUCAAAUACACGAGCAAAGAAAGCAGUACCAUGUUUCAAGACAUUACAAGUCGUUGAUGGCUCUCCAUCGGAGAUUUUUUUCUAUUUAAUGGGGAUUAAGAAUUAUCCCGUCUGGGAUGCGUCUGUUGAGAAAGCACAAGUUGUGCAUACAAUUGAUGAUCAUUCCGAUAUUAUUCAUAUUGUCUACAAACCAGUGUGGAUGUGGCCAAUAUGGCUAGCUCCGAGAGAUUUAUGCUUGUUGAGGUAUUGGCGACGUGCAGAGGACGGAUCGUAUGUUAUUUGUAUGCAAAGUGCGCUGCAUCCCGAGUGUCCACCGAUGCAUGGACUGGUGCGUGCAACUUGCAAGGGUGGUGGCUUUGUCAUUUCACCACGUAUGCUGAGCCUCACGCAGGGUGAUGAAAUGACAUCCAUGGUCACCAAUGUCGUACAUUUAGAUCCACAGGGAUGGGAAGGCAAGUUAUUGCGGCGCUUGAAUAUGAUGCACUUGUAUGUACGACCUCAGGUCUUGUCGUUGACAGGGCUGCGUGAUGUGAUGGAAGCGCGGAAGUAUGUGUGCCCAAAUGUUCCAGAAGAGUUUUCGGCAGCACUUGCUGCGUCAACGGAGGAGCAGAAGGCAAAUGCAGCAGCACACGAUGGACAAGACAUCGGUGAUGGUGGCGCUGGCGACGCAAACGCGUCGAUAUCUCCACUGGAGGAGUUCCCAAGCAACGUGCCGCGGUCGAUGUGGGCUGAGCCGGAUGGCGCAGCUAUGAUGGUGCGAGGUCCCGAUUACUUGAUUGAUCGACGAAAGAUUCCGUCCCAGUCUCCGUACUUCCGCCUAGUUGGUGUCGAUCUUUUCGAGUCGUCAGAAUCCGUGGAGCAUAUUGCCUCGCGUCCAGACAACCCCGUGCAACGUGAGCUACGACGUCACAAGGAGCUAGGAACGGAAAUGCCUUUUACAUUUGUGGUAAACUUCGUGGUGCCAGGAAAUCCGCGUAUUAACCUGGUGUUGUACUAUCAGGUACCUCAUCCGUCAGUGCUGACGGAUGGCUCCCCGUCUUCGGAGCUAAUGGCAGAUUUCUUAGAAGGAUCCGAUGAGUUUCGCAACGAGCGCUUUAAGCUUAUACCUUGCAUCGUCGAGGGAAGUUUUAUCGUGCGUCAGGCUGUGGGCUCUACUCCAGCUCUUAUUGGUAAAAAGCUGCGCCAGCCUACUUUUCGUGGCAAGCAGUAUUUCGAGCUAGACGUCGACAUUGGUUCAUCGGCAGUUGCAAAUCGUGUGGUCGGCCUUGUAUCAGGCUAUACGAAGAAAUUGGUGAUCGAUAUGGGAUUUGUGUUGGAAGGUCAAAGUCCUGAUGAAUUACCUGAGCGACUUUUUGGCAGUGUGCGCCUGGUGCAUACUGAUUUGGGUGUUGCCAAAAAACUGACGUGA